CAGAGACGUGCAUGGAGCGACACUCUGCGGCUCACACCAUGAACAACAACACUUGUCCAAAUGCGGAGGUGCAAUGUUUGUCCCUAACGAGUUUCCGUUGAACGGUGUUAUCAUGUCUGCCCCCUUCAUGUCUCUACACAGAUGUUUCCAGCGGUCGGCUCACUUCAUCGUCGCCAGGCGAGCUUUGAGCUCCAGCUCUGUGUCUCCUCCUCCUCUGCACAGGAGGAUUCUCCUCUUCCUCACCCAGCGUUUCUAUGACGUAGAGAUGCUCUUCAGCUGGAGUUCUCAGCUGAGGAGAAAGAGGAUUCAGAAGAAGAACGCUUACUAUGGCUACAGUCAGAGGCAUUACGGGCAAAAUAUAGCAGCAGCGUAUUACAUCUUGAGUUUGAAGGGAGGAUGUAGGUUUGUUGGCCAAUCAAAGUGGUUCCGCGCAGACCAGAGGGGCAAGUUUAAUUGGGACUUCUUGGAUCACAAAGAUACACCCCUGGAGGAAAUAAGCAUGAACCACACACUCAUCAACUACGCGGGACUGGAGAACCUGGAGGGGCAGCGAUCUUUGCGGACACUGUCAUUACGAGGAUGUCCUGAAGUGGACGACUGGUUCCUCGCCCGGCUUCAUAUGUUCCAGGACUCCUUGGAGGAACUGGACAUCUCUUACUGUCCACGCAUCACCACAGGCGGCCUGGCUGCACUCAGGAAUCUCAAAGGACUGCGGCGGCUGGACGUGUCAUCCCUCCCUGGGAUAUCAAGUCCUGGGUUGGUCAUUAUACUGCUGGAGGAGAUGUUACCACAGUGUCAGAUCACUGCUACUGGCUACGACUUCAACCUGAGUCAGGGGGGAGGGGAGGGUAACCAGGAGCAAGUGCAAGGGGAGAGGUAGCACAUGGACAAGGAACUGUAAUCAGAGAGUAAAGGGACUUCAAGUUCAGAAAGAGAAAGCCUCCUCUGUUAGAGCUCAGCAGUCAGUUCACUGUAGUCUGACACAAAGAACACUGAUGGAACAUCACGACAUGCAGCGAAAACACCUGAUCUGACAUAAGAGGAGAGGGGCUGAUAAAUUGGAUUUUUACAGCAAUACAGUUUUCACAGCUUAUUUUCAGUAUCGGACCAUUUUGGUUAUGACAGUCCAACAUUGGAAAACAUAUCAACUGCCAUCAAGUCUUGACCCACUCCACCAGGAUCAACCAGUAAUAGACUUCUAUUUGAUUGGAGACUGACAUCAUCCAAUUAGAUAUGAGCAUGACAAAGAAGUGAGUGGAAGGUGUGGAAGAAACGUGUGCCCCCUCAAAUUUGCUGGACUAUUUGGCAUUGACAUCUAAGGUACAACUGCUGGUGUAAUUUUCCUCCUGAAUUAACUAGUUAUCAAGAGAGUAAAAGAAGAGAGAAUUUAUGCAAAUCUUGUCUGUUUCAAGCUAUGUACACUUUGCCAUCACAUUUGGUAACUAUUAUCUUUGCUGAAAUGUAAAUAUGAUUGUAAAUGUACUGAAUAAAGAUUUUAUUGUUCAAUA